AUGACAUCAACCACAACAACCCUGUCUACGGGAUCAACUGCAGCUCAAGAGAAUCUUAAACGCAAAUCAAAUGAUCCUGGAUGGGAAUAUGCAUUGUGUGUGAAUCCCAAGAAACUGGAGCGAGUGAAAUGCAUUUUAUGUAAUAAAGAGAUGGGCGGGGGAAUCAAUAGACUAAAACAACAUAUUGCACAAAUUAAGGGAAAUGUUUCUUCAUGCCCAAAGGCCACAAAAAAUGACCAAAUAAAAUGUAGAGAUGCUCUUCUUGAUAACCGAAAUAAAAAGAAGGGGAAGGUAGAUGAAAAUGAGUCUUUAAGAGCACAAGUGAAUAUUAGAAGUAGUGAGAAUGAAACCAUUACCAUCGAUGAUGAUUUGAUGGAAGAUUCAUUUGGCUCUAUGAAGGCUAAACGUUCUUUUGGGCCUAUGGAUCGGUUUCCAAACACCAUCAACCCCCAAGAUGUUUCAAAAAUGGGAAAGAGAAAACAAGAAAAUAUGUCAAAUGCUAUUCGUAAGGAACACAUGGUUCGUGUGAAAGAAUAUAUUUGUAGAUGGGCCUAUGAAUGUGCCAUUCCUUUUCAUGCCUUUGAAAAGGAUAGCUUCAAAAUUAUGUUGGAGGCGGUUGGCCAAUUUGGACGUGGGGCACCACCUCCAACUAGAUAUGAGAUGGGAGAAACAUAUUUAAAGAAAGAAGUAGAAAGAACAAUAAAUUUGUUGACACCGUACAAAGAUGAAUGGAAAUCUAAUGGAUGCUCAAUAAUGACGGACGCAUGGUCCGAUAGAAAGAGAAGGAGCAUCAUGAACUUAUGUGUUAAUUCAAAGAUGGGGACUGUUUUUUUGUCAUCUAAAGAAUCAUCGGAUGAAGCUCACACAAGUGAACACAUACAUGAGUAUGUUGAAAGUUGCAUCAAAGAAGUUGGCCCCGAGAAUGUGGUACAAAUUGUGACCGACAAUGCAUCAAAUAAUAUGGGAGCGGCCAAGUUGUUAAAGGAAAAAAGACCAACUAUUUUUUGGACAUCUUGUGCAACACAUACCCUCAAUCUUAUGCUUGAAGGUAUUAAUUUUAAUUGUGCUAAUUUUAUAAUUUAG